AAAGCGAGGCUGAGCGGCAGCCGGGGAAGGAAGAAAACACCUCCCUAGAAGGCAGCGGAGCAGCGGCGGCAGCAGCGCCCGCAACGCCGCGCAGGGGCCGCGGCUGCCGGAGCCAAACUUUCCGGCGGCGGCUCGGCCGGGCCCGGCGGUGGAUGCGGCUUUGUCGGGAGGGUCGCUGAGGCUGCAGCCCCGCCGCAAGAUGCCCGCCGCGCUGCCCAGCCUGCUGGCCUGGGUGGCCGUGCUGCUGCUCGGCAGGGCCCGCCCGGCCGACGCCUGCAGCUGCUCGCCCAUCCACCCGCAACAGGCCUUCUGCAACGCGGACGUAGUGAUCCGAGCAAAGGCUGUCUCUGCAAAAGAAGUGGAUUCAGGGAACGACAUCUACGGGAACCCGAUCAAACGGAUCCAGUAUGAAAUCAAGCAGAUCAAGAUGUUUAAGGGCCCUGACAAGGACAUAGAGUUCAUCUACACGGCUCCAUCCACCGCCGUGUGCGGCCGGCUGCUGGACACCGGCGGGAAGAAGGAAUAUCUCAUUGCAGGCAAGUCAGAGGGCAAUGGCAAGAUGCACAUCACACUCUGUGACUUGGUCUCCACCUGGGACUCACUGAGCCCGACGCAGAAGAAGAGCCUAAACCAGCGGUACCAGAUGGGCUGCGAGUGCAAGAUCUCGCGCUGCCUCUCCAUCCCCUGCUUCGUCUCCUCCUCGGAUGAGUGUCUCUGGACAGACUGGGCGAUGGAGAAGAACAACGUGGACGGGCGGCAGGCGAAGCACUACGCUUGCAUCAAGAGGAGUGACGGCUCGUGCGCCUGGUACCGCGGCAUGGCCCCCCCCAAGCAAGAGUUUCUCGACAUCGAGGACCCCUAAAGCCAAACGAGCGCAUUCCAGUAGCCAGUAGAAAAAAAACCAACCCUGCGAGAUGUUAGACUGGUCCACGCUGAUAUCAACUCCUGCAGACAGCAUGAAAACCUGCUCGGCCGCGGGCUGAGGCUGCCGCGGCGUGCGGGGGGCAGGGACAGGGACCCGCUCUGCUGCAGGCUCCUGGCAGCCCGUGGCCACGCUGGGCUGAGUGGGGUGCGGGGGGACCCCUCUGCCAGGGCCACGUCCUCCCUGGCCACACUCAGCCCUGGCAGCUGUGAAGGAAUCGAACCCUUGUGGGUGGCGGGAGCUGCCCCGUCUGCGUAGCCGGUCUACCAGUGCCCCCGCCGCAGAGACCCCCCGCAGCCCCUGCCAGGCAGCGUCCCCUCUGCAGCGUCCCGGCCCCCCUCCUGACCCUGCCGUGUCCCCACAUCCACCCAGCGCCUGCCCCUGCCUGCAGGGUGCAGGGAGGGUGCAGCCCUCCAGGCAGGAGCUCGGGGCAGAGCCCCGGCUGUGUGCGAGGGGCUUUUGCAGAGUCAGACGGCUCCUGCAUGGGCGUCUCCUCUCAAAAAGCCAGAAGGGCACGUUACUGCAGCUGGGGUGACCCCAGGCACUGCUGCCCCCCACCCCGUGCUCCUCUCCUCACGAGGACUUGGAGGUGAGCGUGGGGUUCGCUGCCUGCCCCGGCAUGGCCGGGGGGGCCCUUCCCACUGCAGCCUCCUUCCAGACCCUUCUGUGGCCACCACUGUUGGACGGGCUCAGAGCCACCAGCCUGGGCAGGGGGCUGGGCAGGGAGCUGCCCCUCGGCAGUGCCCCGGAGGGUGCAGAGCGUUCGCUGGAGCCUCGCGCAGCUGUUGCCUGAGCCAGGCCGUGGCCUUGGGCGCUGCGGCGGCACCACGGCCGCCUGACCCCCCGUCCUGUGUGGUGAGGGAUGGAGCCUGGCACCGGGCUGGGCACAGGCAGCAGCACAGCCGCAGGGAAACCCGUCCCCUCGCCGCGGUGAUCCCCCAGGCUCCGCGGGCCCCGCUGUCUCUGAGCCAUUCCCGCGGGCUCCGGGCCCUCGCCGCAGCUGUGGGAGCGUGCUGGGAGUGACCCCGCAGCCCUGCGCCCGGGGGCCUUUUCAUGCUGUGAUCCCCGUAGGGUUUGAGAUGUCGAACUGGACCAGUCUGGGCAAUUUCAACGUAUUAAAGAGAAAAAUUAAAAAGAAAGAAAAAAAGACAAAAAAACCCCCAACCUCUAAUCCAUCCCAUAUACGAGUCCCGUUCGCUUCCUGUACGGUUAUGUCAUAUCUGCCAUUUACUCCUCUCUGCUGGUAGUCUGCCUUUGAGUUUAAUAUUGCCACUGUUUUCCCACCG